AUGUCGUCUGUUCUCAUUGUCGGGGCCACUCGAGGCCUGGGUGCGUCUCUUGUCAAGAAAUACGCCGCAGCGGGAUGGACAGUCUACGGUACGACGCGGUCGGCCGAGGGCCCCAAAACCGGCGAUUUCCCGGCGGGCGUCCAGUGGAUUCCCAAAGUCGACUUGAUGGACAAGAGCGCGGGCGCAACUAUUUCUGACUUUUUUGGCCAGUCCAAGCCCUUGGACGCAGUGUUUUGCAAACUUCUCGUCACUCACAUGGCCGAUCUAUCACAGAUCAUCUCUGCCGGACACUUCACUACCGAAGAUCUGGACAAGAAGGGCCCGAACUGGGACGAAGAGGUGCGCAUGUACACGACAAGCUCGAUCGCGCCCGUGUUCAUCGUGCACGCUCUCCACACGGCCCACCUCCUCGGCGCGGGCAGCAAGGUGGUGCUGGUGUCGUCCGAGGCCGGCAGCAUUUCUCUGCGGCACGAAAAGGAAGGCGGCGGCAACUACGCACACCACGCCUCCAAGGCGGCCCUCAACAUGGCUGGCAAGCUGCUGAGCCUUGACCUGAAAGACCAGGGGGUGAUCGUCUCGAUUGUCCACCCGGGGUUCAUGCGGACGGAGAUGACAAAGGGCGUUGGCUUUGACCAGUACUGGGACGACGGCGGCGCGGUGACGCCGGACGAGGCGGCGGCCAGCCUUGUUGCGUGGACCGACGGCCUUGACCUGUCCAAGACGGGGCAGUAUUGGGCGCCGCGUGGACCGAGAGACAUUGGCACAGCAGAGCCCGUCCUGGGCCAGAACCUGCCGACGCCUUUGCAGCUUCCGUGGUAG